AUGGCUAAGGAAGAAAUUACACUCAGCCAACCCCUCCAGCGGAACUUGGACACAUUCCAGAACGAAUUCUGGGUCUCAAAGGAGAAGCUUCACGAGAUUAUCGACGUGUUCGUGCAGGAACUCAAAAAGGGAUUGCACGACAACAAUGACCCAUACCAGAUCCCAAUGAACCCAACGUGGGUUAUGGAUUACCCGGACGGAAGUGAGACUGGGGACUACUUGGCUUUGGAUUUGGGUGGAACCAACAUGCGUGUUGUCAUUGUGCAUCUCCUAGGCAACCACAAGUUCACCAAGGUCCAGACCAAGUACCGUCUUCCAGACCACAUCAGAACCACGAGAAAGAGAGAGGAGUUGUUUGGAUUCAUGGCAGAGUGUCUUGGCAAGUUCCUCAAGGAGCAGAACCCAGACGGGAUCCCAGAGGGCAAAACAUUCCCUCUUGGCUUCACGUUCUCCUACCCAACCACCCAGAGCAAGAUCGACAGUGGUGUUUUGCAGAGGUGGACCAAGGGAUUCGAUAUUCCCGGUGUUGAGGGCAAUGACGCGGCAGCUUUGCUCAGAGACGAGAUCGAGAAGAGAGAGAUCCCCAUCAAGCUCGUUGCCCUCAUCUGCGACACGACAGGAACGCUUGUUGCAUCCAGAUACACGGAUCCGGACACCAUUAUGGGCGUUAUCUUCGGCACGGGUGUGAACGGAGCAUACUACGAUGUUGUUGCAGACGUUCCAAAGAUCCACAACCAGCUCCCAGACGAUAUUUCGCUUGCCACACCGAUGUUGAUUAACUGCGAGUACGGAUCCUUUGACAACAAGCACAGAGUGCUCCCAAGAACGAAGUACGACGUGCAGAUCGACCAGGAGUCGCCUAGACCGGGUCAGCAGGCUUUCGAGAAGAUGACUGCGGGCUACUACCUCGGAGAAAUCAUCCGGAAGAUUUUGUUGGAGGGCUACGAGACCGGAUACCUCUUCAAGGACCUUGCCCAGGACUCCGAGGGCGCCAAGAAGUUGGCCAAGGACUACAUUUUGGACUCCUCGUUCUUGUCCAACUUGGAGAGCGACGACACCCCGGACUUGGCCGAGUCCAAGAAGGAGUUUGAGACCAAGCUUUCCAUCAACACCACUCCUGAGGAGAGACUCUAUGCGAAGAAGAUUUCUGCAUUCAUCGGAACCAGAGCUGCCAGACUCUCCAUUUGCGGAAUAUCCGCCGUCUGCCAGAAGAUGAACUACAGAAAGUGCCACGUUGCUGCAGAUGGCUCUGUCUACAUGAAGUAUCCCCACUUCCCAGAAAGAGCUGCUAAGGGCUUGAGUGACGUUUUCGGAUGGGACGGUAUCAAGGAGGAGGACCACCCAAUCAAAAUCGUCAAGGCCCAGGACGGUUCCGGUGUCGGAGCUGCUGUGAUUGCAGCUUUGACGCAUGCCAGAAACGUCAAGGGACUUUCCUUGGGCUUGAAGCAGAACUGA